UGACCAGAUGAAAAAACCUGGCAGAAGUUCAUCAUGGCCAAAGAGUACAGGCUGGAAGAAAAGAAUAACAGGCUUGGAGGAUGAAACAAGAAUGAAUGAAUCGGAAGAAGAAGAAGAAGAAAUCUUUUGGCAUAUAAAGAUUCUGCCAAUUCUGCGUGAACUGGAAAAAGAAGACAAUAUAGAAAAUCUUUGUCUGGCUUGCACCAAUCUCUAUCAAGCCUUGAAUGAAGGAAAUAUGCUUGGAAAAAGAUUUAAAAGAAGAACCGUGCUUCUGAAGACGUUAUAUAAACUUGUAGACAUUGAUUCAGAUCCACUUUGCCUGAAGCUGGCAAAGAUUAUUCUGACUAUGAAAGUGGAUGGAAAAAAUCUUCUCAGUGUUUGCAAACUCGCUUUUAAAAUUUGCAGAAACGAAGAAAAUGAUUACAUCAUUCAAAAUGAGGGAUUAUUGGAUUGUUUGUUGGAGGUCCUGAAAACUGAAGAUCUACACAAAACCAGUGAAGCUCUCCUGUAUUGCAUGGGAGCUAUAAAAUUCAUGUCUGGAAAUGCAGUACUUCUUAAUGAAAUGGUCAACAAAGGAGCUAUUGAAAUAUUGCUGCAAUUAAUGAAGCAGAUUAAUAAUAUAAAAGAAAAUGACACAUGUUUCACCAGCUUGGGCCACCUAUUAGUCCAGCUGACAGCUACUUUGCGAAACUUGGUUGACUUAUCUCCAGCAAGACGCCAACUCAUGUGCAAUGGAGCAGUCUCUGAGCUCUGUGUGGUGCUGGAGCAGCGUAUGAAUGAUAAGGAUGUGUGCUCCUAUAUUGUCAGGAUAUUCAGCAAACUUUCUUGUGACAAUGACUUCUGUGCAGCUUUAGCAGACUGCUCCAGAUGUUACAACUUAUUUUUAGCCCUACUAAACAGACACCAGAAGCAGCAGGAUUUGGUUGUCCGUAUCAUCUUCAUUCUUGGUAAUUUAACAGAAAAGAAUAACCAAGCCCGUGAGCAAUUUUUUAAAGAAAAAGGAAGUGUUAACACCUUGAUAUCAUUAUUCCAAACCUACCAUGAACUUGAUCUGAAUACACAGAAAAGGUACCAUGAAAGAGGAGGAGAAGGAAAAAACCACCCCAAGCAUCCUUCAGAAGCAGAAGAUGUUCUGAUAAAACUGAUAAGAGUGCUGGCCAAUCUCUCCAUUCAUCCCAGUGUAGGAGCAGCUCUGGCAGCCGCCCAUCGUGUUGUAGAAUUACUUGUUACAGUACUAGAAUACAAGUCAGUUGAUGACUGUGAGGAGUUGGUCGUUAAUGCUGCAACAACAAUCAACAAUUUAUCCUACUACAAAGUGAAGAGUUCUGCUGUUCAAGACAGGAAGCUACACAUUGCUGAAAUGCUUUUAAAGCUGUUAAUGAGCAACAAUAUGGAUGGAGUUGUGGAGGCUGUCAGAGUCUUUGGCAAUCUUUCCCAGUGUCAUGAGAUCUGUGACUUCAUCGUACAGAAAAAGAUAUACAAGUUUGUCAUUGCUUUACUUGAUGCCAAGAACCAAGAUGUCUGUUUUUCUGCCUGUGGAGUUCUGCUCAAUCUCACAGUGGAUAAGAACAAACGAGCUCUUCUGAUGCAAGAAGGAGGAAUUGGAAAGUUAGUUGACUGUUUACGAGACUUUGGGCCAUCUGACUGGCAGCUGGCUUGUUUGAUAUGCAAAACCCUGUGGAACUACAGUGAAAACAUCACAAGUACAGCCUCUUGCUUUGGAGAAGAUACUGACACGUUGCUGGAGCUGCUCACAUCACUCUUAGAUGAAGAGCUGGCGUUGGAUUCCAGCCUCGACAGAGAUGAUGUCUGCCACAAACUGUACUGGGAAAGAGAAUUCAAACCUGUGGCAGAAAAACUUCUUGACAGAAUUCAAAGCCACCGCUCCUUUCUUCCUGCUCUGACUAUUACUCCAUUUUAA